AUGAAGGACGAUAUUAAUGAAACUAUAUCAUUUAUUCAAGAAAUUGAGAAAUUAUAUGACCACAAUUUAGCAGAGUAUAGUAACAGAAGGACAACAGAAUUGAACUGGACAAAAAUUGGGAAAAAGUUUAAUGAAACUGGGGAAAGCUGCAAAAGCAAAUGGAAAGGAAUACGUUCGUCAUACAUUCGCAGUCUUAGUGCUAAAGGUAAAAGUGGAUCUAGUGCCGGUUCAAAAAAAACCAUAUUACCUAGCAAAAUACCUGCAAUUUUUGAAUGCAUUCAGAAUUACCCCCAAGAAGGAAAUCUACAAUCUGGACCAUUUACUAAAGAACCCGAAAAUCUGAAUGAAGAAUCGCAUACGGGCAAUGAAGAAACCGAGACUAAUGAAGCUGAUUCCACAGAUAGUGAAUCCAGAGAUAGACAAAUAUCGACGGAUUUUGAUGAUUUGGGCGAAAGUCAAAACUCUUUUCUACCAGAUACACCCCGCGCAGGUCCCUCUACUACUGAUAAUACCGAUCAACAAACAGAUAUGAGGAGUCUAAGAGAGAGCCCAACUCUUCGUAGUAAGCUAAACGGCAAACGGGUAAAAAAAAGGUCAUACAAUACCAAAGGACUUAAUGCUGCAGAUAAAUGCGCAAUUGAUUAUUUUACUUUAAAGAAGAAAAAAGCAGAAACAUUAACUUCUUCACAACAGCAAAAACCAAAUUCUUGUGAGAUGUUUCUUCUAAGUCUCGUGCCCCAAAUGGAAUCAAUGACCCCACGGCAACAGUUAUCAUUUCAAAAAGGCAUUUUGAAGCUAAUCGAAAACAUAAAAUAUCCAGUGCAAUCAGAUUCUGGCCAACAAGACCUUUCAAAAGUGACUGCAACCUUAAAACUGCUGCAUUUCCUCAAAAGCUUCAGUUACGUUAAAAGUCACUUUAUUGGCACAAAAAUUCCUAUUCUACCUCAAAUAUUCAUAAGAGUUUAUUCUAGUGCCUUAAAAGGCAUUCCAUUACCUUAG